AUGUCCAUCACUCCAUCCGCCACCCUCCGCCAAACAUAUUCAUCACCCCUCCACCAAAAAACAGCAGCUGUUCGGCUCACCCCUUCCGCGGCGGCGGAGGCGGCUCCAGCCAGUCGCUCUGGGUGGACUGCAAACAUGGAGAUGUACCUUGGCGGCGCCGGCUUGCGACUGCUGGAGAAGCAGGAACACGUCGCUUUCUUGUCGACGGCCGACGGUGAGGCUGUAAGUACAGAGAGUGUCGCCGUAACUGGCGGCGCUGUUGUGAUCUCCGCUGCCAUUGAUGCGCCAACGCCGGCGAGUGAGCCACUGGUGGCCGCCGUCUGCCGCCACCAGUUGAGUAGCCGAGCAUCCGCAGCCCGUCACUGGAGAUCACUGUGGCAUAGAAUGCUCCGGAGACCUAGCCUCGUCCUCUACGCCAUCGUCGCCGCCAAGCCAAAACAGUCUGCCGAUUGCAAUAUACAACUCGUGUAUGUGUGCGUGUGCUUGGGUGAUGGUGUCGAUAGAGGCAGGACGUCGACGGAUGGACGAUGGCGGCUGUGGGAGAACGGCGGAGGAGAAUAA